GCCUGACCAAGCCGGAGGUAACACGGGGAUAAGUACAACUAGUUCGUCUGUCGCCUGUGAGCAAAAACAACGUAAAGGGAAAUCUGAGGCAUAUAAGGUAGUAGCACAGCUGUAUCUGUAUGCCCUUAUGUCACUGGUCGUCGUUUUAUAAGUUAAGAAAAGAGCCGGCAAAGUCUUUUGAACCGAGAGGGAACAUCCGGAUACAUCUUCGCUGAGACUUGCUUGCCCAUUCUGCCAAAAUGAACAUCCCGUAGAAUAUGCUUGUAUGCAGCAAAUAGGGCCUCGGGAAUUACAGUCCCAUUUUUUAAGGAAAAUAGCAACAUGUUGAUAGUUCAAUUUAUUGUUUCAUUAGGUUUGGGCUAUCUACACGGUUCAGCAACCAACGCGGCAAACCGAAAGCAAGACGAGUUUCUCGGCUUCGUUUUCUUAAAGGAACACGGGGCAUAGUUCUGUUAGGGAGUGAAACAACGAACACAAAACAAAAAACCUUUUGGGGACAACAACAUUUGGAACAGUCCUCGCCUUCGUUUCAAACCCACUCAACUCCACUCGACUUCCUGUAAACCAGAUCAGACGAAGAGGAUGGCCGGCGGAGAGAAUAAACCCCAGCUGGAGGUGUUGCUGACAUGCCCGGUGUGUCGGGACAUCUUCAGGGACCCCCGUCAGCUGCCGUGCGGCCACAGCGUGUGCAUGAGCUGUCUGCAGGGCUUGGCGGACCACUCCUCCGACCUGCCGUUCCGCUGCCCCGACUGCCGGGCCACUUUUGGCGGCGUCGUGAAGGUGCAGAAGAACUACGCGCUGGCCAACAUCGUGGAAGAGCACAGAGAGAGCAAAGACAAGCGGGCCCAGCAAACAGUGGAGGUGUACUGUGACUGCUGCCCAGAGAGAAAGGCGCUGGCGGUGAAAACAUGUCUGAAGUGCGAGGUGUCGAUGUGCAGGGAACAUGUCAUGGACCACCUGGAGCGGGCGGUGUACACGGGCCACCCGCUGGUCCAGCCACUGGGCGACCUGCAGCAGAGGAAGUGUCCACAGCAUGAGGACGAGGUGCUGAAAUACUACUGCAAUGUGUCCAGACGCUACCUGUGUAACAUGUGUGCCCUGGAGAAGAAACAAACCAACGUGGCCGUGGAGGCAUCCGGUGUCCUGGGAAGGAAGCUGACGGAGUUAAUAGAAGAGCGCUUCAAAUCCCUUGAGGGAAAAAUGAAGGAAUCCAAAGACUCCAUCAAAAAACUGCAAGAGGCCAUCCAAAAUGAAAAGCAGAACGUGAACCCCAAUGACUCCUAUCUAAACAGUGUCACAGGAGUCCUUCUCUGUCUUUGGUUCAUCGUUUUAUUUUAUGCUUACAGCUACCAUGUGGACAACCAGAUUCUCAAUGAAAGUCUGGCCAAACAACAAACUCGUUUAUACCACAUCUACUCCACCAUCACAGAAAUGUUGGUUCAUCAUUCUCCACAACACCAUGAUGAUGCAGGGACUGAAAGUCUUGGUAUUCUCACACUGGACCUGGACACUGCCAGUCCUUUCCUUGGAGUCACUCCUGACUUCCAGUCAGUAGAGCGAGUGAAUACUAAAUUGAGUUAUCCAAGCCAACAAUCCCGCUUUGACGAAACCCCCCAGGUCCUCUCCACCCAGUGCUUUACAACCGGUACCCACAUCUGGGAGGUGGAGGUGGAGGGAUACUGGGGCAUCGCUGUGUCCUACAGGAGCAUACAACGUAAGCAUAAAGACAACAGUUCCUUUGGAAACAAUACACACUCCUGGAGCUUAACACACAAUGGAGAAGGCCAACUGUACGCCUACCAUAAUAAAAUCAAGAAUGUCCUCUCCACAACUGUGGAACACAACCGGAUAAAGGUGGAUGUGAAUAUUGAAGAAGGUACCAUCACUUUUAUCGGGAUGAGACCCACUGUUACUGAACUACAUCAGUUCCAGGCUAAACUAACUGAACCGGUGUGCCUUGGUUUGGGCCUGUACAGGGUGGACCCGCCUAGCAGAGCUUCUGUUGUCAAAGUUCACUGAAUGGCCCUGCCAGCUAUCAAGCUUUAUGACUACAAAACACUGGGCCAAAGGCUGCACUGAAGCACCCUGCAUCAUCUCAGCUCAACCAUAAAUGUUUCCUCAUUGAUUCCAGAAAACAGAAUAAUUUGAGAACCCACAGACUACCACUUACACCUGGUGUUAAUAUGCAGUCUCUGUCCAGAUACGCUGUUAGGACAUAGAGAAAUGCACGUGGCACUUAUUGUAAUCUGACUUUAAUUGGACAUACCAGAGAUCACUUCCGGAGGUAGUCUGGCUUGCAUUGUGAUCGGAUCGACGCCAGGUGGAACUGUAAUCUGGAUAGCUUUAUACACCUCGGUAAGAAUGUAAAAAUGUCACCCCUGCAGCCAGUACUUAAGACAUAGUCCAGCUUACUGUGGAGGUUGUCAUUUGUUCAGACUGCCAACCUUAGAAUGAAUCACUAUAUCAUGGUGUCUCAGGUAUAUUUUAUUUUGGUGUUUAUCAGGGUUUUUCCUUGCAAUUCAAACAUGACUCCAAUGGCAAUUCUUGUUAAGUGACAAUGAAAGUUGUUUGUUUUUAUGAGUAACUUUGAACAAAUUAUAGCUAACAAUUUUUUUUGUGGAUGCUUGAAGGACUGAAAAUAGUGAAUUCUGAAUAAAGACAUUAGCUAUGAAAGUCUCUGGUUUGAGCAUUUAUUGCUUAUUAGGAAAAACUGGACAUCAAAAGUUGAAUUUCUCAUCAAUUUACCCCAAACUAGGCACAGAAUGUUUUCUAAAAGCAUGACGAGUCCAAAAAAAGGUAACAAAUGAGAUCAUAAUACAACCCAAAUCUUCUGACUCAGUUUUCACUUAAAUAAACCAAGAAUUUGAAAUACUGGACAGCAACUGUCUCCCAUUUACUUUUUCUGCAUCAGACGUUCGCUAGCAAAAAUGACCAACAAAGGAUAUCAAAUCUUUUAUGUACAAAAAAGUCAAAACUGACAGCAGGCAUCAAACAGUCCAUGCCUGUAGCUGUGAUACUACAAAAUAUUUGCCUUCUCUGUGAAAGAGCUUUAAGAAACAAACAAAAGAGACAUUCUUUCAACAGCUUUUCCAAAACCAAAGAGGGAGGUUUUACAGUACGAGUAAAAACUGACUUCUAUACGCUUUAGUUGUAACAAAAACAAAAACAAAACCCAACCUUUUUACAUCUUUUGUCAUGUAUUGGUUAAGCCUUUAAAAACAACUUGGUCAACUGUAUUGAUCUUUUUAGAAGACUGGAUGAGGCCUCCCUCUCACAGAGAGCAAUUUCAAAAUUAUGGCAAUCUUUUCGCUUGCUGGCCAUUCUGUCCAGUGGGCCCUGACUGAAAAUUUUUACACAACACACAGAAGGACACACCCAUACCUACAGUACAUUUACAAAACAAGGGAAAAGACUUUUGUGACCAAUUGAAAAUGAGAAACUGUUUCAGUAAAAUGACCCUCAGAACUUUAUGCAGUAUGUCGGUAUGCUGCUGUGUAAAAGUCCUCAAUCACGCCCCACAUCUUCCGCCUCACUGCUUCCAUCUAUUAACGACAAACAAGUGGCACCUGGAAAAUCUGGCU